CAGGUGUUGUUAUAGAUUUUUUUAAGUUCUGGUUAUAACUAUUUUAGGUGUCUCUUACGAAAAUGUUGAAGUUGUCAUUAAUUGUGGCAUUAUUUGUACUGUCGACGCUCAAUCAGUUGACAGUGAUCCAUGGAAAUAACACUGAUUUAGAUACUCCUGUCUAUGAAACAUUUAUGAAGAAAUUUCCAGCGAAAGUAGCUCCAUUUUUGCCAAAAAAUGGUAAACUUAGUGGUCCAAAUGAAUUUGUAAACUUUUUGAAACCAGUGUUUGAAUAUUCUAAAAUCGAAAAAAUUCCCGUACCAACAAGUGGUUAUGUUCAUUGGUGGACCUUGAGUUUUAGCGAAAUUAUGACCGAUUCGAAAAAACAUAGUUGGUUUUCCACAUUCUUCAACGAAAAUGGUUUACCCGAUAUUAAAGAUAGAUUGAAAGAAGUCCUUGGUUCCAAAAACGACAACAAUCAUAAUCAAAUUCGUUCGAGUAUUGAAAGUUUGAGUAGUUUGUACAGUGAAAUUCGUAAUUUUCACAAUAUUAUUUAUAAUGGAUUAUUCAAAGAGCCAACAUAUCGCGAUAUACCUGGCUUUGAAAAAGCUAUUGAACACUACACGAAGAAAACGAUGAAAAAGCCUCGCGCCAAUGUAAUUCUUCAGGAAGCUGAUAAAAUAAAAAGUAGCUAUGAUGAUAUAGUUAAAAGGUUGGAUAAAAAAUUGCAAGACAUGCCGCAGAAGAGAUAUGCAUAUUAUGAAGAAACUGUAUCGAAGAAGGAUGAACUAAGGAAUAUUGGAAGGUCCAAAGAUGAAACAAUUCGACUGGUUGCGCUAUGUAACAUCGUGGCUGAAUUGAAAGAGAAACUGGAAGCAUUAAAAAAUCUCGUUCGAGAUGCAUCAGCGAUUGUAGAUGAGUUAAAUGUUCAACGACCCAAAUGGGCAGAAACUUUGAUGGGCGAAUCUUUUACACCAAAGGUGUCGAGACUUAAACUAAAAUGUUUUGAAAUGCCCCGAACAAUAUCAAAAUCGUAAAUAAUGAAUCGUAACACUUGAAUAUAUUUUUCAAGUGAAAUAAUAUUUCGGUUUUUAACUUUAUAUUUACUUUGUUCCACUUAAAAUUGAAAAAAAUGGACAAAAACAGUUUUCGAAUAAAUUGACGUCAUUCAAUGAUUUAA